AUGUAUCAUGGAUAUCGUAUCCAACAUGAGAAGUUUAUGUGGGAGGCCCGAACGGAGGACGGCGUAAUUGAAGCCUUCGCUAAACUAUGGGGAACGAACGAGCUGCUGGUCUCUUUUGAUGGAAUGAACUUCACCCUUCCAUCUGGUACUACCCUGCCACAAACGAAACCUUGGCCACAUAUUGAUCAAAGCCCACUGCGAGAGGGCAUGCAGUGUGUCCAGGGAAUUCUCAAUUUUGCCCCAAAUGGUCCUCAGGAUGGGGGUCUUCUCGUCAUGAAGGGAUCUACCAAGCUUAUGCCCGAAUUCUUUAAGACUCACUCGGGUACAAUUGGCCGAGAAACAUGGGGACCUAGCGAUUGGUUUGGCUUUGACGAGGGUGAGGUGAAGUGGUUCAAGGACAGAGGAUGUGAGAUUCACAAGGUCACUGCUGAAGCCGGGGAUCUGAUUCUCUGGGACUCUCGCACUAUGCAUUUCAAUUGUGUUCCAUCAACUCAGAACGUACGCGCUGUUGUUUAUGCAUGCUAUACACCAGCUUCCUUUGCGACAGCUGAUAUCUUGCAGCAAAAAGGUGAACUGUUCGACCAGCGAAUUGGAACGACCCAUUGGCCCCAUGACAAUCUAUUUACUGAAACCAGUGACGAACACCGCCCAGAAGAAGAAGAAGGGGAUUUGACAAAGCGUCUUAAUGAGGAACCAAUUGAAACGGACUUGGUGUUAAAAUUGGCAGGGAAAAUUCCUUACUAA